AUGGCAGCUACUGUGUUGUGGAGAAUCUGGGGUCUUUUUGCGUUGUUCACAAUCGUUGUUCUCGGCGCGAAUGUCACCGACCUUGGAAAGCCUAUCAGUAUACCACCCAGCCAGUACUGGGACGGCAAAGAUGGUCCUUGGAGCACCUUUCGCAUCGAGGUCGGCACACCUCCACAGCAGCUUCGAGUGAUUCCGGCCUCCGAUCAAUCCUCAAGCUGGCUCAUACUCCCGGAAGCCUGCGGCGAUGGAUCCGAGGAAAAUUGUAGCGCGAAUAGAGGGACAGCUUUCCUGAGAAAUAAGUCCUCUACAUAUAAAGAGUCUGGACAGUUCGAGCUAAAUACCUUCCUCGAGGAGCGGGUCGGGUUGACAGCAGAGGGGGGGUUGUAUGGAAACGACACCCUUUCUCUAGGUUGGACUGGAGAUGGAAUGCCUACGUUGAAGCAACAGGUCAUUGCUGGAAUCCUCACCACGAACUUCUACCUUGGAAGCCUGGCGUUGAACCCGAGACCAAUGAACUUGACCGACUACAACAAUCCUAUUCCAAGUCUGAUGCAGAGCCUUAGGAAUAUGAGUACGCCCAUACCAAGCACGUCUUGGUCAUAUACUGCAGGAUCGCACAAUCUAGCCCCGAAGGUGUUCGGCAGUCUCGUUCUAGGAGGCUAUGACUCGACUCGAUUUAAAUCGAAUGACGUCGUCUUCCCAUUUGGGGCUGAUAUAUCAUUAGACUUCCAAGUCGCCAUUCAGAGUGUUACAACAAACGCCACGGAUAAGCCCCUCUUAGGUACUGGAAUCAUUGCUUAUAUCGAUACGCUGGUUGCAGACAUCUGGCUACCCGCUGAUGCAUGCCAAUUGUUCGAACAAGCGUUUGGACUCGUUUGGGAUAACUCAACUCAGCUUUACCUCCUAAAUGACACUUUGCACAAGUCCCUCCUGGCCAAGAAUCCGACAGUGAGCUUCAAGGUUGGGCCACAAGUAAAUGGCCAGUCUGUUACAAUCGACAUGCCUUAUUGGAACUUCUAUCAAACAGCAACUACGUCGUACCUUGGCAACUCAUCUUCACUAUACUUUCCCCUCAAACGGGCCGCCAACGAUAGUCAGUAUAUUCUAGGGCGGACCUUUCUGCAGAGCGCAUAUCUGUCGGCGGACUACGAACGAAACACUUUUAAUCUCUCCCAAGCGUUGUAUCCGACAACUGCAACCUCCCCCAAUAUUGUUGCAAUACUUCCGCCGCUCAAUGAAAAAUCUCCCGGUGGCAAUGGAGGCACGUCGCAGUCUAAGUCUGGACUCAGCACCGGUGCUAUCGCUGGUAUUGCGGUAGGCGGAGCCGCAGUUCUCGCCAUAGUCGCUACUGCCAUUUUCAUUCUAUACCGACGCAAGAAGCGUACAGAGAAGGAUGAAACUCAUGAAUUGGAUGAUACAGAUGCCCAGAAUACUAUGGCACAUGAGGUACCAGGCGAUGGAAUCAAAUACGAAGUAGGCGAUGGACUCAGACAUGAGGCCACUGGAGAUUCGCAAUUUAAGGCCGAACUCUACGCAGCGGGCGAGCAACAAAAACCCGUUGAGGCCGAUGCAGCAAACCUAGCAGCAGUAUACGAAAUGCCGGCUGAGGACCUGAAGCCACAUGAGAUGGCAGCAGAGGAACUGAAACGGCAUGAGAUGGAAGGAGAGGGUCAGCUCACAAAGAAGCCACCUGCGUUAUCUGAAGUCCUACCAGCACGUCGCGGGACGGACGCAUCAGAGAUUGAGGAGAUCGUGGAUGAUGAUAUGUCACCUCUAACACCCCCGCCAGAGCGACAUCGAAGGCUGGGGUGA